AAAACAAUUCGUACAUACUACAUAUUAAAUGUCGAUCAUGAAGCAUCCAUCACCUUGAUAUAUAAUAGCUGUAAUAAUUCAAAAAUAUGUGAAUGCAAAUUUCCUGCUUUCCCACUUUAUAAAGUACACAUUUUAUAGCCACCACGCAUCCCAAGGACCACACAAAAUUUUCGACUUUGUUAUCCCCUUACAAGCAAAAAGGUCUCAAAGAAGCUCGCAAAAUUGCCAUUGCCAUGAACUCAGACACAGUUCCAACUCCAGAUGUUUUCUCCAUUGGCAAUUACAACACAAGUUUCAUAAAAGUUGAACCCCAAACAUGCGCCCCAAAUAUCUCUAAAUGUCCACCGAAACAGUUGUUGAUUUCAAGCCCUACAGAAGGUGGAAUUUACCCAGUGCUAUUGUUCCUCCAUGGCUAUCUCCUCUACAACUCCUUCUACUCUCAGCUUCUGCAACACGUGGCUUCACAUGGUUUCAUUGUCAUUGCUCCCCAGCUAUACUGCAUAGCAGGGGCGGAUGCGAGUGAAGAAAUCGAGGCGACGGCCCAUAUAACAAAAUGGGUAUAUAAAGGGCUGGCCCAUUUCCUCCCUCCUCAAGUCCGGCCCAACUUGGACAAGCUAGGGUUAGCCGGCCACAGCCGUGGCGCCAAAGUCGCAUUCGCACUACUCCUAAACAGAUCCAAAUCAUCUCCCGAUCUCGAUCGGGAUAAGGACAACAUUUCCUCAAAAUUCUCGGCGGUCUUAGGUAUUGACCCAGUUGACGGAAUGGAGAAAGGAAAACAAACACCGCCACCUGUCCUAACCUACACUCCACAAUCAUUCGACUUACGAGGAAUUGGAGUGCUCGUAAUCGGUUCAGGGCUGGGCCCAGUGAAAAGGAACCCUUUUUUCCCGCCGUGUGCUCCAAAAGGCGUGAAUCACGAGGAAUUUUACAGGGAGUGCCGUAAGCCGGCGUAUUAUUUUGUGGCUAACGAUUACGGGCAUUUGGACUUGCUGGAUGACGAUACGAGAGGGUUACGUGGCAAGGCCACGUGUUUGUUGUGCAAGAACGGGGAGAGUCGGGAGCCGAUGAGGAGAUUUGUUGGAGGGGCUGUGGUUGCGUUUUUGAGGGCUUAUUUGGAAGGGGAUUCGAGGGAUCUUGUGAGUAUUAGGGAAGGGCGUCAAGUGCUUCCUUUGGAGCUUCAACGAGUUGAGUUUCAAGUGUAGAUUGGGAUUUUAACUUUUAAGGGGAACUUGUCUUUCUACUUUCUAGUAUAUAUGUGGUGAAUGAAAGGAUUUAUUUUAUACUAGUAUAUGAUCAUGUGCACGUGCACAGAAAUUUAAAUUAUUAUAACUUAUAAGUUACGUGUAUGUAUAUAAUUGUAAAAUUAUAAGUUAAAUAGUAGUAUCACAUUUUAAAAAUUUUGUCGUUAGUAAAAAUGAACAUUAUAAAAGUAUUCAAAGUCAUCA